AUGGCGAGGCAAGAGAAUGAUAUUUUGUUUCAUGAGUUCGGUAAUCCGGAGGAUUAUGAGCUCACCGGUGGGAUCUUGCUACCCGUCACGGAAACCAACUUCACCAUUCAUCCUCAAUACACUAGAAUGGUUCAAACGAAGCAAUUUUUGGGUUCUCCAAGUGAAGAUCCUAUUGAGCACCUUGAUAGAUUCCUCGAGCUUUGUGCCAUGAUAAAAACCAAUCAAGUUUCUCAAGAAUACAUCCGCAUGCAUCUAUUUCGACAAUCUCUUGCGGGUAGAGCAAAGAAGUGGCUCAAGCAAGUCAAGCCUAAUUCUCUCACAACAUGGAAGGAGAUAGUCAAGGCAUUCUUAAAGAGAUUCAUUUCCGAAGAAAAGACCGCCGAGAUGAGAAGGAAGAUUGCAUCGUUUGAACAAGAAGCGGAUGAGAGUUGGUUUAAAGAGUUGGUUCAAGCAUGUCCUCAUCAUGAAUACAAUCAAAGCUUGCUCAUGAGGUUCUUCUACGAUGGUUUGGAACCUAUGUCUAGAGCUAACUUGGAUGCGGGGGCGGGUGGACAAUUGAUUAAAGUCCCUCAAAAUCAAGUUGAAGCAACAAUUAAAGAGGUAGUGAAGAACUACUCUUGGGGUGGUAGAAGGAGGAAUGCACCAAAGAAGGGUGGAAAGUAUGAAUUAGUGAAGGUUGAUCAAUUGCAACAUCAAAUCGAACUCUUGACAAAAGGGCUUGCAAAGUUAAACACGAAUGUCAUUAGUGGGGAAAGCUCCUCCCAAGUCAAUUCCUUCUCUUGUCAAAAUUGUGGUGGCACAAACCACGAUACAUCUUAUUUUGGAGGUUUGAGCCCGGAGCAUGUAGCGGCAUACAACACAAGUGAGGCUAGAAAUCUUGAUGGACCGGUUCCCUUUCCCAGUCGACUUGCAGAGAGAAAAUUGAAUGACAAAUUUGCAAAGUUCCUAAGUGUGAUGAAGAACUUGCACAUAAACCUCCCUUUCAUUGAAAUUGUCACACAAAUGCCUUCAUACUCUAAGUUCUUGAAAGACAUUCUCACCAACAAGAGGAAUCUUAAUGAUGAGCUUAUCACUCUCCCCCAUCAAGUGAGUGCACUUGUUCAACAUAAGAUGCCCAAGAAGCAAAAAGAUCCGGGAAGUUUCACUUUGCCGGUAAAGAUUGGGAACAUGGAAGCUAGGGGCGCCUUAGCCGAUCUUGGAGCGAGUGUUAGUUUGAUCCCUCUAUCAAUUGCUCAAAAGCUUAAUAUUGAGAUGAUCCCCACAAGGAAAACCAUUCAAUUAGCUGACCGUUCGGUGAAGCUACCUUGUGGUGUGCUUGAAGAUGUCCCUAUUCAAGUUGGGCAUAUCUAUGUGCCUUGUAAUUUUGUAGUGAUGGAUAUGGAGGAGGAUGUGGAUACUCCCUUGAUUUUGGGCCGUGAAGCUCUUAAGACCUUGGGGGCGGUAAUCAAUUGCAAAAACAACACCAUUACAUAUCGCUUGGGAAGGGUUGUGAUGAUCCCUCAAGAUCCAAUGGUUGAAGCUCUUACAUGCAAAGAAGAGUAUCACUCUCAAGAAGCAAAAGAGUUUGUCAUGGCCAUUGAAGAAGCCAAAAAGGAGGAAGAGGACGAUCCUAGGGAUGAUGACCUCGAACUAGCGGAGGAAAAAUUGGAAGAGAGUUCCAAGCCUCCUCCCAAGGUAGAACUCAAACCCCUUCCCCCAUCUUUGAAAUAA